AUGCGAACUCCAGUGAAUAUGAUCCUGUCGGCGAUGGCAUGCUGUGAUACUGUUGUCCUGUUCUCAAAUCUCGUCUACACCACACACUAUUCAUUCGUCGCCUUCAAACAUUGUCAUCCACGACAUUGGAGCUAUGGCUGGGCAUUGUUCCUGAUCGCACAUGCUCAUCUUUCACUCGUCGGACACAGUUCCUCAGUUUGGUUGUCGGGUGAGUCAGCUAACUUCUAA